AUGAAUCAACUGCCGCCACCGCCGCCACAGCAGCAGCAGCAACAGUUGCAGCCACCAUCAGCGUCGUCAUCAUCGCAGUUGCUGCCACAUCAACAGCAUCAACAACAUCACCAGCAGCCGCCACAGCAUCACCAACAGCAAGUACAUUACGCCGAGUGUCGCCCAUUACCGGCAAUCAACGAGACAUUUGCGCAAUUUAGUCAACAUCAGCGUUCAAGCAUCUCGUUGCUCUCUCCGUUGGAUUUAUCGCUUCGGACUACGUCGAACAUUGUGCCAAUAACACCGCCAUCGACGCCCUCGCCGCCAAGGAAGCGUCAAAGAUUGAUGUCCGAGGAGACGCAGAAUUAUUUGUGGCGGCCGCAUAUGUCAGCGAUGCCACCAGUCUUGCCACAUGCUGCACUGACCAUGCAACCACCAGCAGCAACAACAACAACAACUUCUUCGACCACAAGUUAUUUUCAUCAACCAGCAACAGCUUAUGGGGCAGCAAUGCGUGGCAGCUUUGAGGGGGCAGCAACAACGCACUAUGACAAAGGCAAUUUUCAGGCUGCGGCGAAAAAUAGCUUUGAGCAAAUUCCCGCAAGUCAAUCGAGCGUGCUGGAGGAAGAUGAGACAAUUGUGUUGACCGAGGACGAGGAUGAAACAGUUGUUAGUUCCCAUGACUACAACGACUAUGCGACGGACACUGAGGGCGAUGAGAAUGAACCCGAUGAGGACACAAUACAGGUGAAUGAUGAGGCUGAGGUGGAGCAACUGUUGCCAGUGGAAGAGGAUGACGAAGAGGAGGAGGAAGAAGAAGUAUUUGUGGACAUUUUGAGCAACGAUGAUGAUGAAGAUGCACCCAGAAGUGUGCUGCUAGAAACCAAGGCGCUGAAACGCAACGAGUUGCUCUACGAAGAUGAGGAACUGCAUCAUCAGGCAGUGGAUGGAUUGGCGAAGCUCUUCGAACGCGAUUUUGGGCAGCCAAAUAAAGAAGUUUUAAUAGAAACUACUUCUCCAGAGGAAGCUUUGCCAGUGGAAAAAGUCUACUUGGAUUUGAGUGGCAGUGCUUUGGAGUCGCCACGCCAGGAGGCACCUCCUGCUCCUUCUUCGACACUGCUUCCCCCACCCUCUCCUCCCCUUCGCAAGCAAAAAAUCGAACGUAAGCGCACCAAACUGCGCAAACACGCAGCCAUCGAUGAGGAGACAAUCAGUCCAGUGUCUGGCACAAUCAUCCGAAAGCUGCGCGAUGAUGAGGAGCUCGUGGUGCGCAAAGGUGACAUUGAUCCGGCUUUCAAUGUGGUCGAAAUCACCGAGGAGGCCAAAGCCAUCUUGGCCAGCAUCGAUAAUAAGAUUGGCGACUAUUUGUGCCAGCUUUGUCGCACCGUCUACGACGACGCCUUCAUGCUCGCCCAGCAUCGCUGUCCGCGCAUCGUCCACAUCGAGUACAAGUGCUCCGAGUGCGAAAAGGUCUUCAACUGUCCAGCGAAUCUAGCAUCACAUCGUCGCUGGCACAAACCGAAAUCUGAGAUGCAAGCAGGCAAGAAGCGGCAAAGCAGCAGCAACGAAGCCGGCGGUAGCAGCAACAACAACGGAGACGAUGCCAGCGAUGGCAUUUAUCCCUGUCAGCAAUGCGGCAAAUCCUUCAGACGCUAUGCGUACCUCAAGAAGCAUCAGGCAUCGCAUCAAAUGCUGGAGAAUCUGAAGAGCAUGGAUUUCUUCACUGCUCAGCAACAUCAACAUCAACAACAUCAUCAUCAGCAGCAGCAACAUCAACAGCAGCAGCCACAACAACAGCAGCUGCAACAAACGUUGCCACAGACGCAAUCUCCAAGCUCUCAAAAUGCUGCCACCUACAUGCUGCCACGCCCACCGCAUGCUGCACUCUAUCCACAAGUCACGCCCAAGAAUUAUGCGACGCCUCAACGCUUCGCUGGCUUUCCCUUUCAGCCCUUCGAUCAGCGACGUUUCUACUCGCUGGGCGAACUUUAUCUCUCACAGCAGUUGGAACGCUCUUCGGCUUUUCAAUAUGUGCACGCGAAUCACUUGCGGCAGCUCUCGAAUGUGGCACACACAAUGUUGCCACCGCUGCCCGUCAAAUGA